UGCCCGGAUGUCGCUCCUUCCCUCUCUCCCUUCCCCCUCCCUUCCCGAAAGGGGCGGGGCGAGCCGCAGCUGGAGGUUUCAGCAACAAAAUGGCGGCCGCGACCCGCGCGCCGACUUGCCACGAAGUCUUCAUCAGCAAGAGUUGCUCCUACAGACAACAUCUGUGAUGAUCCUUUUGGCUCCAGGUGUCUCCAUUUGAAAGCUGUCAAGAGUGCUACUCUUUCAACAGUCUGAAAUAAGGUCUGCCUAUUGCUGAGGAUGCUUUUCCUGAUCGCUGUUAUUCUGUUCGCUUUGGCACUCGUGCCAAACCUUUGAGGGCAAGCCAUGCAUGAAUUUUGUGGUGGCUUGCUGAUUUCUAAACAUGAUUCCUCUCGCCCAUCCACUCACCCACCCCGAUGCCAUCAGCUUCGGGACGUGAAGGGCAGCGAGUAGGGCUUGGCUCCUGAAGGAGACGGCAAGGCGUCAUUCUGCGAGAAAGGCAAAGGGCAAGGGAGGGAACCUGUGUCUUCCCAGGACAAGAGACUGGUGCUCCUGAGGAAGUGUCCAGAUAUGACCUUAGCUGUUUCUUAUUUUAUCUGCCGUUACUGCCAGCAAUGCCGAAGCGCCAGACACAGACACCGGGCAUUUUCAACAACACUCUGCAAUUGGCUGCCAGCCAGAAACAGCAGCUAUUAUGAUUUACUGGGGAUCAAGCAGGAUGCUACCUUGGAGGAAAUCAAGGAAGCCUUCUUCAGCAAGUCAAAGAAGCUCCACCCUGACAAAGACCCUGCCAAUCCUGACCUGCACAGCCAGUUUGUGAAGCUGAAUGAGGCCUACCGGGUGCUGAGUAAGGAGAGCAGUCGGAGGCACUAUGAUAACGUGAGAGCAGCCCAAGCAAGCUGGACUCCUCCAGGCAGCCACAGCAGUAGCUCCAAGAGAAAUCCUUUUGAUUUUGCUGACUUUGGAGCAAGAAGCAGACCAAAGCCCAAUGAGAAUGUGAGGUAUUGGCAGCAAUUCCAUGAGCCUCCUGCAGAAUCCUCAGGACCUGAGGCCAAGAAGAGGUAUCUCAGAAACCAGCGGCUGUUUGGCUACUGUUUGCUCAUCAUGCUGGGCAGCCUGGCUGUUCAUUACAUAGGAUUCAGAAAGCUGGAGGAAGUGCACAACAGCUUCAUGGAUGAAAAAGAUCGAACAAUAACCCAGAUAUACAAUGAGAACAAGGAGCGAGCCAGGUCCAUGGGACUCCAGAAGCAGCAGGAACUGCUGCGCCAGAAGCAUGCUGAAUUCACCCAGCGGUAUCGAAUCCGCCCCGGACAGCACUGCGAAGAACCUGGAGCCUUGGAUUCCGUACCCGAUCCAACUCCUCCCACCUCCACUGCCAAAUAAAACUGAGCAAGAAGCCCAUAUUCUAAUGCCCAUGUUGACUGCUGAAGCUGACUCCUAAGGAGGAGAACUGUGUGCCAUGGAGUGGGAUGCUGUUAACACAAUCUCCCCCUCCCCAAUAACUUCUCCACUUCUGUUUUGUUCAAAUAGAAGCAUCUUCCUACAAGUGAAA